AAGAAGAAACUGUACUUGGAGUUUACUUGUUGGAUGACAGUAGAUCAAAUUUUACAGGUUGCUGUUGUUAGUUUCUCUGCUCGGAAACAACUCCCUACAUUUCGACGUCGAGUCCGGCUGCUUCUCCCCUGGAAUAGAAAAUGCGGGACCGAACUAAAGAAUUAGGAAACAAUGCAGAGGCUUCAGAUGAGGAUGAGGAGGGAAAACCUCUCGUGAUCAAACCUGGAACCUCUUUAGCCAAAGAGGAGAAGGACAACGAUGCUUUCUUUAAGAAGGUGCGAGAAAUCCACGAGGGUCUGCAGAGUCUCAAAGCGAUGGUGUCGAAGCUCGAGAAUAAACAGAAGACGGUGCUCGGGGUGGCGCUGCCGGAGGAGAGUAUGAAGAAAGAGCUCCAGACUCUUCGAGAGGAGAUCAAAACUUUGGCGAGUCAGAUCCAGAGGAAACUCAAGAAUAUGGAACCGAAGAAGGGAGACGACGAUGGAAAAUAUGUACCCAUAAACACUCGGAUGCAACGGACCCAGCACGGCGUCCUGUCGAAGGAGUUCGUGGAGCUGAUGGGUCACUGCAGCACCAUCCAGUCCCAGUACAGAGACCGCAACGUGGAGAGAAUACAGAGGCAGCUGAAGAUCACCGGGAACGACGUGACUGACGAAGAACUGGAUCAGAUGCUCGAGAGCGGCCAGACGGAUGUUUUCACCCAGAAUAUCCUGAUCGACGCUCACGCCACAAAGCAGGCUCUGAAUGAGAUCGAGACCCGGCGCGACGAGAUCCUGAAGCUGGAGCGGAGCAUCAAAGACCUGCACGACAUGUUCCAGUACCUGGCCAUGGAGGUGGAGGCUCAGGGAGAGAUGCUGAACCGGGUCGAAACCAACAUCAAGGAGUCGUCCAACUACGUGGAAAAAGCCAAGGACAACACGGAGAAAGCCGUCACGUAUCAGAAGAAAGCGUUCAAGAAAAAGAUCUGGAUAGCGAUCUGUUUGGGCAUCCUCCUCCUCAUCAUCAUCAUCUCACUGGUCACCGCCUUCGGCACCUAACACCAGGCAGUGUGCGCUGUCAGCUGGAGACAAAGAACAUCCUCUUUCAUGUAAAUAACUUCCUCCCACAGGAUGUACGGGUGAAUGUAUUCAGCUGUCAUCCCUCUGCUUUUCACACCCGUCUUCCUCUAACCCUCCUGUCGUCCCAACGGCCCUUGUUUUGUUUUUUUAAAGAAGAAAUGUGCUUUUUACUCCCAAGUGACUUCAAUCUCACCCACAAUUCCACUCAAGAGGUAGUGCUGCUGGUUUAUGGAAACCCCCCCCCCCCCAGGUCUACAAAACAAAGACAAUUUGUGAACUGUUACGUCAGUGCUCCUUCUUAAAGAAUGAAAUAAAAGAGGAACUAAGUGGCCUUGAGCAAAGCACACUGCAGUGUUGAACUGAUCGUACUGUACUCAGGAAGCUGUGCGUCGUUUCUGGAGGAAGUAGAGUCAGGGUUUCUUUUAUAGACCAAUAUAAUUGUACAUAACCGUAUAUUGCUGGUGAUCAAGACAUUCUUUAAAGAUGUUUCAAACUGCCUACAUGGAACAAAUGUAAAUAGGUUUUUUUGGUGAAAUAGUUCAGCCCCACUCUCGUUUUAUGUCUCAUCACUGCAGUAAAAGGCCCGAUUUUAUUUGUAUUUAUGAUUUAAAACAUUUGCUGAGCUGCUGCAGCCACACAUUAUGAAAUCUGUAUUUUGUGCCUUCUUAACGUCCAGCUGAGACUGUCACGUUGUGCACUAACAUUGUCAAGAAGGGACGGAGAGACUUUUUAAUUUGUUUAUAUUUGUUUUGAAUUCACGCAGCAGUGUUUAGUCAGACACAUUUAACUUUAUUUUUCUUCACCCGUUUUGUCACGUUGUGCAACUUGUUUAAAUCCCGGAGCAGGUGAUGCGUUUACUAACCUGUGAACACAUUCACACGAUGAGACAAACGUGUCAAGAAAAAUAAACCAAAACGGUUUGUUAAGUCAUCAAAGUGUCCUUUGGAAUCAGGAAGUAAGAAGUGACGCAUUUCAACCUAAAAUAAACUUCCGGUUUGUUUCAUUAUUCUGUCUUGUAUCAUUAACUGUUACACAUAUGUUUGACUUCACACCGUCACAGUAUUUUGGUUUUCUCACCACGAUUAAACAUCAACACAAUGAAAAAUGGAAA